UUUUGCAUGGACAAGACGGAUGUGAUUUUUCUGAUUCAAGACAGUCAAGGUACUUCCUCAAAGACAGUUGGAAACAUUAAAACCGUAUUGAAAAAAAUAAUGCCUAAACUACGCAGUGUGUCAUCUGACUUCAAGUUUGCUGUGGCAAAGUACGCUACGUCGCGGCGAAUGAGUUGUUUUGGAAACGCAGAUGCAACAGUAAAUUACAUGGACAACGAAUACCAACACGGAGGAAGCGGCCUUAACCUGUUAAACCUUGCCUUGAGUAAAAUGGUUUUGAAACAGUUUGAAAAGCGUCCUGACGACAGAAAAGACGAUACGGCAAAGAUUCUAGUCAUAUUCUCAGACGGGAACGCACAGAAUGAGAAUGGUGACAUUAUGGACACCUCCACACUCGAGCAAACAGCAAGGUCGUUGAAAGAAGACAACAGCAUCAAUAUGAUUGGUGUCCUUAUUCACAACGCUGAGAAAGCAUCACGAAUACAACAGCUGAAAGGCAUCGUCUCUGAGCCAGAUAACGUCAUAGAUACAAAUGCGGCGAGGGUCACCAGUUACAACAACAUCGCGGAUCUCCUGGCAUUUCGCGUGAAACGAUUGGUUGGCUGCCUUGGUAAGAAUGUUAUUUAA